UCCCUUACCUCUAUCUAUUUAUUUCAAGUCUUUACCUCGCAAUUCCGUGGCGCCGCUAAUUUUAAAAUAUGCCAGCUCAAGUUAAAAAUAAUAUAUUACAUUACGAGGGUUGCAAUUAUCUCAGGUACAGGCUGAUAUUGUCGACUUUAGCGGGAAAGCCAGUGAGAAUAACAUGCAUAAGACCCGCUGACAACGAUCCCGGACUCAGAGAGUACGAGAUAAGCUUCGUAAGGUUGUUGGAUAAGAUUACGAAUGGCUCGAGAAUUGAAUUGAACGAAACAGGUACAAGUUUGUAUUAUAGUCCUGGAUUAUUGGUAGGAGGACAAUUGGAUCACGAUUGCAGUUUGCAAAGGGGUAUCGGUUAUUAUCUUGAGGCAGUUAUAUGCUUGGCUCCAUUCUGCAAAUCAUCGCUAAGUAUAAAGCUCAGAGGUGUUACCAACAAUAAUGAUGAUCCGAGCGUAGAUAGAAUUAAAACGGCUUGUAUACCGGUUCUUAAAAGAUUUUUAGCCGGAGAUAACGAAGUUACAUUUAAUAUUAAUAGAAGAGGUGUAGCACCAUUAGGAGGAGGAGAAAUUUAUUUUAAAUGUCCAAUCAGUAAAUUUGUUAAAUCGAUUCAGUGUCUAAACAGUGGUAUGGUGAAAAGAAUAAGAGGAACGGCCUGUAGUUUAAGAGUGUCUCCUGCCAUUUCUAAUCGUCUAGUCGAAUCGGCAAAAGGGGUUUUGUUGCAAUUUAUUCCAGACAUAUAUAUUUAUACGGAUGCCAGCAGAGGAGCAUCUAGUGGAAAAUCUCCAGGAUUUGGAAUUAGCCUAACUGCUGAGACAACGACCGAAACUUUUUAUAAUGGAGAAGCGUAUUCCCCAUUGAUGACUGCAGGCUCUCUGCCUUGUGUUCCCGAAGAUUUAGGUAAAGAAGCGGCACUGAAGCUUCUGGAUGAAAUUUAUAGAAACGGUUGCAUAGAUUCAGCAUUUCAAAGCAUGACUGCACUUUUUAUGGCUCUUGGUAAAAAAGAUGUGUCAAAAAUAAUUGUAGGACCAUUGACUCCAGCUACAAUACAAUUUUUGAGGGACUUGAAGGAUUUUUUUGGAAUAACAUUCAAAUUAGAGAAUUAUAAAGAUGAAGAAAAUAUAGAACAACGUCAGAUAUUGCUCACUUGUAUUGGCAUUGGGUAUUCUAAUAUAAGCAGAAGAGUUUUUUAAUUAAGUCGUUUGUUUUUGACAAAAAUGUAUAAAUAUGUAUAUAUUCUCUUCGUAA